AUGGCUCCUCAAAAAUCUUCCAGCAGCAAACACUCCAAGAAGAAUCAAGAUUCAACUCUUCCUCCUGCGCACGAGUUGAAAGGACCAAUGACUAUUGGAAACCAACAAUACGUUCCUGAACCUCCCAAUGAGAGAAAGAAGGAAUGUGUUGGAGUGAAACCUCAACCCCAAAAGAAAAUUGUAGAAAAAAAUGACCCACAAAGUUCAACUGAUGAUGGAGAGUUGAGUUUAACUUAUUUGAAUUACACUAGGAUCUUUAGAACUUGUCCAUGGUCGAAAGACCCUUCAGACUAUUUAUCUUGGCUAGAUAAAGUUGAAAAGAUUAAAGGAGAUUUCUGGAAUGAAGUAGGUAUUUUCGACCUCAUUCAAUUGUCGAGAGCAGGACCCAACAUUUUCCCCAAUAUGCUUUUAGCUUCCCUCUAUUUUUGGGACAGUACCUAUAACACUUUUCACCUUCCUUGUGGGAUGGUUACACCCACUCUCUUCGACGCAGCAGCCAUCGUUGGUCUUCGCCCCAAUGGGAUAGAUUUCAACCCCACCAACCUAAAUGAAGAUACUAUAGCUUUCGACACUAGCUUUGCUCCAUACUCUUUAUUCAUGUCUCAUUAUCAUGACAAGGAUACCAUAGAAGUCUCGGAUGUCGAACAUAUAGCCUUUUUGACUCUGUGGCUAUCAAAAAAUGUGUUUUGCUCUCGUUCCCUCCAAGUUGCCAAGAGAUUCAUCACUAUGGCCAAUCAGCUUCACGCAGGAACCAAACUAUGCUUAAGUGAAAUGAUUUUGGCGAAUCUUUACGAAUCCUUGAGUGAGAGUGUAAAUCUUUUGAAAACCAUCAAAGACCAAGGUAAAAUCAAUUUGUCAGGACCUUUCUGGAUUUUACAAUUAUGGCUCAAUGCCACCUUUGAAGCUUCUCUUCCUGUAGAACAAGAAGUGGACGAAGAACAAGUGAAGGACAGAUCUGUCGAAUGGCCUAGGUUGGUGCAACUAACGCCAACUGAUGAAGGAAUUAGCCUUCGACAAGCUUUCAAAAGUUAUGUCAUGAUGUUUGCCAAAAGGUAUCAUUUUACUUCGACCAUGGCACCCUUUGCUAGUAGGAAAAUUGGACCUGAAUGGUUUACCCAACAACUGCCCUUGGAAAUGCAGAAGGAUGAGAAUAUAUUUUUGGAUGUGUGGGAAUCAUUUUUAACCCCCAGGCUCCUUUUUUCCCAUCGUAACGCAAUCAAAACCCAAAUAGCUUUGAUAGUCUACCAACCCAAUCUCGUUGCUAGACAGUUUGGCUUGAUCCAAAUAAAGCCUCGACCCAUCUUCCCGAAGAAAGGGUCUAUCAUUUUUUACAACUCCCUUCAUAAUGAAGAGGAGAGCAAAGAGCUGUCGAAGAAGUUGACUGAUGACUCUCUUGAUAUUCGACCAGUGAUCUUUCGACCAUCUUUUCUCUGUACUCCUGAGUUUGAUGAGUGGUGGAAGGAUUAUUAUUCUACCAGAUUUUUUGACGUAACGGCUUUCACUACACAUUUAACAAAUGCUUUUGCUUUCGUGCAGGAUCUGACCCAAAAAGCCAUAAAGAUUCCUACCAAGAAAACUUUCUUCAAAGCGUCCCCAGGUGCUGCUAAGAAACCUUCAACAAAGGCGAAGGAUACAGAGAGUGGGAAAUCUAGUCUUAAUACUGAGAUUCCUGAGAAACAAUUGGAUGUCGAAGGGAACCCUGAGAAAACUCUGGAAAAGACAGUCCAAGAAGAGGAUGUCCCCAAAGAUGACCAUGACAGGCAGACUGCAGCAGAAUUCGACGCUCCAGUAAGUGAAGCUUCUGAAGACGAUUCUCCUCCUCAUCCAGGAUUAAAUGUUGCCAAUAAGGGUGAUGAUACUAACAUGGAGACUGAGGUCGAAGAUGACCAUGAAGAAGAAAUUGCUAAAGAUAAGGAUGACCUGUCGAAAUAA